CAAAUAUUUUUAUUAUAAGUAUAUAUAAAAUAGAAAAGAAAUAAAAAGAAAAUGGAAACGUGGUAGUCGGAGGAGGGAUCGAUAUUUAAUAUGCAGGGGAUCUUUAAAUGGUAGGGACAGCCCUGGACUCUAUAAGGCGGGGCUCGUCUGUGUGCCGCGAAGAGAGAGGUAAGAGGUUGAAUCGGAUUGGAUUGGGGCGCAACUCGCAAGCAAGCGAGCGAGCAAGCAAGCAAGCAAACUGGUUUGGUUUUGUGGGGCUUGCACCACUGCAUCGCUCCAUCGGCGAGGCAGUCCAAUUUAUGCAUUACGGCUAUGUAGGCACUACACGAUAUCAAAACUCUCUGCUCCCGGGCCUUUACAACUCCAUUUACCAUCUCCGUUACAACAAUAUUAUCUGAAUUUCGCAAGUGCCUACAAGAACUAAAUUCGCUUUAACCAACGUUCACAUUUGGGUACCAUACCAUAUCCACUUUGUGUUUUGUCGGUUACUACACGCACGUUCGUUCGUUCGCGCGGUGAAACAAAGGAGUCCAAGUGUGGUUAAGACGAUACAUAUAUAUUAUAUAUAUAUAUAUAAUAUAUAUAUAUUAUAUUAUAUUUUCGUUAUUAAAACGCGUCGCGAUUGUGGUGUUCGAUAAUUAUGAAUUUCAUACCUCGCAAAAGAUCGUGACUGUUUUUGUGUUUGUCUGUUUAUCUAUAAUUUGGUGCUUCGCUUAACGCAUUUAAAACUAAAUUUAGUUAUUGUGAAGAGUUCCAAUCAGUCAACAGCUAUGGCAGAAGGAAAUGGGGAAAUAAAAAUGGAAGAGAAGCAGUCGAAGGAGGAAAUGGAAUACACAGAACGGACAGAAGACUACACAAAACUAAUCCAAUACGGACUAGAUGAAAAAGUGGCUGGGAAACUUGAUGAAAUUUACAAAACAGGAAAGCUGGCACAUGUGGAUUUGGAUGAAAGGGCAUUAGAUGCUUUAAAGGAAUUUCCAGUCGAGGGAGCAUUAAAUGUACUCACACAAUUCCUUGAAUCAAAUUUAGAACAUGUGUCCAACAAAUCAGCAUUUCUCUGUGGCGUAAUGAAAACUUAUAGGCAAAAAAGUCGUGCCGGUCAAGGAACUGGUACGAGUACGACAUCUAAAGCACCUGAUGAGGAUAAAAUCAAGAUGAUACUUGAAAGAACUGGUUAUCCCUUGGAUGUAACUACAGGACAAAGAAAAUAUGGCGGACCGCCACCAAAUUGGGAGGGCCCGACUCCAGGAACUGGUUGUGAAGUGUUUUGUGGUAAAAUCCCAAAAGAUAUGUAUGAAGAUGAGUUAAUACCGUUAUUCGAAAAAUGUGGCAAAAUUUGGGAUUUGAGACUGAUGAUGGAUCCUAUGUCAGGUUGCAACAGGGGAUACGCAUUUAUCACUUUCACUAACAGGGAUGCUGCUCAAUUGGCUGUCCGUGAGCUGAAUGAUUAUGAGAUUCGGAAAGGGAAAAAGAUUGGUGUUACCGUAUCUUAUAACAAUCACCGCUUGUUUGUGGGAAAUAUUCCAAAGAAUCGAGACCGAGAUGACUUGUUCGAAGAGUUUACAAAGCACGCACCGGGCCUGACUGAGGUGAUUAUCUACAGUUCACCAGAUGACAAAAAGAAGAACAGAGGUUUCUGCUUUCUAGAAUAUGAAUCUCAUAAAGCAGCCUCAUUAGCAAAACGAAGACUAAGCACUGGUCGCAUCAAGGUCUGGGGCUGUGAUAUCAUAGUUGAUUGGGCUGAUCCACAGGAAGAGCCUGACGAAUUAACAAUGUCCAAAGUACGAGUGUUAUAUGUUAAAAAUUUAACGCAAGAUUGUUCUGAAGAAAAGUUAAAAGAAUGUUUCGAACAAUAUGGAAAAAUUGAAAGAGUUAAGAAAAUUAAGGACUACGCAUUUGUGCAUUUUGAAGACAGGGAUAAUGCCGUAAAGGCAAUGAAUGAGUUAAAUGGUAUAGAAAUUGGUGGUUCGCAUAUAGAAAUUUCACUAGCUAAGCCUCCAUCUGACAAAAAGAAGAAAGAAGAAAUUCUUAGAGCAAGGGAACGAAGAAUGAUGCAAUCAUUGCAAAGUCGUGGCGGAGGGUCUCCAUCUCACCCUGGAAUGAUGGGAGGCCCGAUGCCAGUUCGUGGUCCUGGACAAGGUCCUAGAGGCACCGGUGCAGGUAUGCGUGGACAAAUGGGACGAGGCGAUUAUGCUCUCAAGGAAAUAGAUUAUGAUUACGACUAUUACGGUUAUGGGGAUUAUCGAGGUGGCUACAGUGAUCCAUAUUACGAUGACUAUUUUCGAUACGAAGAUUGCUAUUUCGAUUAUGCGCCGCCUCCGCCACCUGCCAGAGGGAGAGGCAGGCAGCCUCAACCGGCUGGGCGUGGGCGUGGAGUGGUGCCGCGUGGCCGAAUCGGUGGCCCGCAAACCACCCGUGGGCCAGUCAGGGGGGGGCGCAACCCCGCAACUACAGGGGCCCGUGGGGUCCAGCGACUGGCCGCUCGUGGGGGGGUCCGCGCCAAGGGAAGUUUACCAGGUGAGGAUGCAGGUAAACGAAAAUUUGACGGGGGUCACCAGAACCAGGGGGAAUCUAAACGUCGCUUCCAGAGCAAUUGGGGAAACCAACCCCUCGCCCAACAACCGCUGGGCAAUGCGUACGGAUUGGCGAGUGUGAAUGGUGGCAGUGGUGGUGGUGGCGGUGACAUAGGAUUCGGAGGAAGAUCUGCAGCACUCGGUGGCGUUUCUGGCGAUGAUCACGAAUGGUAUCAAGACUCUUAUCAAUCGUGGAGCUAACUUCUGCGUGUAUGUGAGUGAUAAUGCGUACGAACAUACGUAUAUAAUUGCAUAUAAAAACAAAACAAAAAACAAAAACAAAAACAAACAACAAAUUAAUACGAAAAAAUUAACA